AUGGUUAGAGGAAAGCAAAAGGAACAAGCACGAGAAAAAGCUCAAAAACUGGCCGAAAAUAGGGCAGGUGGCAAAUCCCAACUGGAAGCUCGCUCAAAAGGACUACAAAUGAAAUGCCCUGUUUGUAAGGUUCCAGCUGCCAACUAUAAAGUUAUUGUUCAACAUAUGGAGGCCAAACAUCCAAAACAACCCAUUCCACCUGAAUCUAGUUUUUGA